AUGACGGCGCUAAUGAAUGAUGGAUGGAGGAGACGAGGAGGUAACGAAGAGGAGAAGAGUCUCCGUAGUGAGGCAAACGGAGAGAUGAGGACGAAGGAAUCUCUACGGCGAGAGAUGGAGAUGACGACGGAGGAAAAUCUCUACUGUGAGAGAUGGACGGAGGAUCACCACCGCGAGAGAUAG